UCGUCUUCGCGACAGUUCGGCUGUCGUAAACCGGUGAAUGGCUUCUGUGUAGCCAAAGGGGGAAGGAGGGAGCCGGCGAGCGUGCGCGGCGGCCGCUGCCCUUCCCGUUGAGGCUCUGAGAGAUCAUGGAUCCCAACAGAAUUAUCCAGGCGCUCAAGGGCACCAUCGACCCCAAGCUGCGCCUCGCGGCCGAGAAUGAGCUCAACCAGUCCUACAAGAUAAUAAACUUUGCUCCCAGUCUGCUACAAAUCAUUGUUUCUGAUCAAGUGGAAUUUCCAGUCAGGCAAGCAGCUGCUAUUUACUUGAAGAACAUGGUGACACAGUACUGGCCAGACCGGGAGCCCCCUCCCGGAGAGGUGAUAUUUCCAUUCAAUAUUCAUGAAAAUGAUCGUCAGCAGAUUCGGGAUAAUAUUGUAGAAGGAAUUAUUCGUUCUCCAGACUUAGUGAGAGCCCAGCUGACAAUGUGCCUUCGUGCUAUUAUUAAGCAUGACUUCCCAGGUCACUGGACAGCAGUGGUAGACAAGAUUGGGUUUUACUUGCAGUCGUCGAAUAGCGGAAGCUGGCUUGGAAGUCUCCUGUGCCUGUACCAAUUGGUAAAAACCUAUGAAUAUAAGAAAGCUGAGGAACGAGAUCCUCUCAUUGCUGCAAUGCAAAUAUUCUUGCCUCGAAUUCAGCAGCAGAUGAUCCAGCUUCUUCCUGACAACUCCCAUUAUUCUGUGCUCCUUCAGAAACAGAUCUUAAAAAUUUUCUAUGCACUUGUUCAGUAUGCUUUGCCACUUCAACUGGUGAAUAACCAAACCAUGACUCAGUGGAUGGAGAUUUUCCGGACUGUCAUUGACAGAAGUGUGCCUCCUGAAACCCUGCAGGUUGAUGAAGAUGAUCGGCCAGAGUUGGUGUGGUGGAAAUGUAAGAAGUGGGCUCUGCGGAUUGUUGCUCGUCUUUUUGAAAGGUACGGUAGUCCUGGAAAUGUAACAAAAGAAUAUUUUGAAUUUUCUGAAUUCUUCUUGAAAACCUAUGCUGUGGGAAUCCAGCAGGUACUCCUAAAAAUCUUGGAUCAGUACAGGCAGAAAGACUAUGUAACUCCACGUGUCCUUCAACAAACAUUAAACUAUCUGAACCAGGGAGUCCAUCACUGUAUAACCUGGAAGCAGAUGAAACCCCAUAUUCAGACUUUGUGUGAAGACAUCAUCUUUUCUCUGAUGUGUUAUAAAGAUGAAGAUGAAGAACUCUGGCAGGAGGACCCAUAUGAAUACAUCCGCAUGAAAUUUGAUGCGUUUGAGGAUUAUGCAUCCCCUACAAUAGCAGCACAGAUUCUUCUGUACACUGCAGCGAAAAAACGAAAAGAGGUGCUACCAAAAAUGAUGGCAUUUUGUUAUCAGAUUCUCACUGAGCCCAACAUUGACCCUAGAAAGAAAGAUGGGGCAUUACAUGUAAUUGGAUCACUAGCAGAUAUUUUGCUGAAGAAAAGCGUGUUUAAGGAUCAGAUGGAGUUGAUGCUGCAGAAUCAUGUCUUUCCGUUAUUCAUGUCAAAUCUUGGAUAUUUAAGAGCAAGAUCCUGUUGGACCCUCCGUUCAUUCAGCACCUUAAAAUUUCACAAUGAGUUCAAUCUAAAGAAUGCAGCUGAACUAACAAAAAAGAGCUUGAUUGAAGACAAAGAAAUGCCUGUCAAAGUGGAAGCUGCCAUUGCACUUCAGUCCUUGAUAAGCCAUCAGGAGCAAGCAAAGGAAUACAUUAAGCCCUACAUCAGGUCUGUUAUGCAGGAGCUGCUGCUUGUAGUUCGAGAGACCGAGAAUGAUGAUCUGACUAAUGUAAUUCAGAAACUGAUUUGUGAAUACAGCCAAGAAGUAGCAACAUUUGCUGUGGAAAUGACGCAGCAUCUGGCCGAGAUUUUUGGUAAAGUUCUUCAAAGUGAAGAAUAUGAAGAAAUGGAGGAUAAAACUGUUAUGGCCAUGGGGAUCCUGCAUACAAUUGACACAAUUUUGACUGUCAUGCAGGAUCACAAGGAGAUAACUCAACAGCUGGAGAACAUUUGCCUGCAAAUCAUCGGUCUUGUCUUGCAGAAACAUGUAAUAGAGUUCUAUGAAGAAAUUCUCUCUCUGGCAUACAGCUUGACGUGCCAUCUUAUUUCACCCCAAAUGUGGCACCUCCUGGGUGUCUUAUAUGAAGUGUUUCAACAGGAUUGCUUUGAGUACUUUGCAGAUAUGAUGCCCCUAUUGCACAACUACGUCACUGUUGAUACUGAUAUUUUAUUGUCAAAUUCCAAAAAUUUGGAGAUAAUUUAUGCUAUGUGUAAAAAGGUCCUAAGUGGUGAUGCAGGUGAAGAUGCUGAGUGCCACGCAGCCAAGCUCUUAGAGAUUAUUAUACUGCAGUGCAAAGGAAGGGGUAUUGAUCAGUGCAUCCCUCUGUUUGUAGAAGCUGUGCUUGAGCGCUUAACGCGAGGAGUUAAAACCAGCGAGCUCCGCACCAUGUGCCUCCAGGUUGCCAUUGCUGCUCUCUACUACAAUCCCCAGCUUCUUUUGCACACUUUAGAGAAUAUCCGGUUUCCUCAUAACCCAGAGCCUAUCACGGCGCAGUUUAUAAACCAGUGGAUGAACGAUACAGACUGUUUUCUUGGGCUUCAUGACAGGAAGAUGUGCAUCAUCGGACUGAGCAUCCUCAUGGGACUGCCAUCUCGACCGCCUGCAGUAGAUGCUGUGGCUGCCCAGCUUGUCCCAUCGGUUCUCCUCCUAUUCCUGGGACUAAAACAAAUGUGCGCCACCCGGCAACAUGCAGAACAUGAAGAGCAUGGGAAAGCUGAAAAGAAUGACGCAGAAGAUAACGAAGAGAUUCCAAGUGACGAAGAGGAAGCGAAUGAAGCAAAUCAGGACAUGCAGGAAAACCACGCCGGGGGUGGUGGUGACACAGGAGAUGACGAUAAUGAAGAUGAUGAUGAUGAUGAUGACUGGGAUGAUGAAGCAUUAGAAGAAACUGCUUUAGAAGGCUUCAGCACCCCUAUUGAUCUAGAAGAUGGCGUGGACGAAUAUCAGUUCUUCACACAAGCAUUAUUAGCGAUACAAAGCCGAGAUGCUGGCUGGUACCAUUUGUUGACUGCACCACUCAGCGCUGAUCAGAAGACUCAGCUGCAGGAAAUCUGUGCAUUAGCUGAACACCGGAGAAACUCUGCAGAAUCAAAGAGGAUAGAACAACAAACAGGCUUCCCAUUCGAUAACAAAGGACUGGUCUCUGGAUAUAACUUUGGCACUGCUCCAGGAAGCAACUGAAGGGGAAAGGAGCUUAAAGAACUGCAAAAACAUUUCAUUAUUAAAAAAUGUGACUUAUGAACAGGGAAGGUAAUCAAGAGGUCUGCAAGUUUCCCCUUUGGAAAAGGCCGUAUUUGACCCUCUUCCCCCUCAUUAAGACAUUCUUUCUAACCAGCUGCUGUAAUGUAUAAAUUCUUGUGGGUAUUUUUAUAAGUUGUUGGACUGAAAAGAAAGCAUCUGUCUUCUCUUCUUCUCCUUAGGAAAGGGGGGACCAGCUGUUUGAAACCGAAUGGAAUUGCACUUCUCAGGUUUUUGCCGUGUGAAAUUGAAGGGGUCCUAUGGAUAACAGUGCCUUCUGUUGUAUACGGAUUGCCCAACAAAAGAAUUUUGGAAUGCAAUGCUUUUUUUUUGUUUAAAAGAAAAGAAAGGGCAUAUAAAAGGGCAUAAUUCAUAUCUUGCUUUCCAUACUCUUUUGUUAACUUCCUCUAAAGAAAUCAUGCCCGUAUUGUGUCCAUCACACAUUUUACAGUUAGCUAUAGAAACCAUUGUUAACAUCUCUGCGUUUGUGUUGGCUUCUACAUCAUGCCUCAUUGAGUUAUCAAAAAUACCUUUACAUUCACUGCUGUUACCAGAUGGUGAAUUUAAAUUCUUCUUUAGAGUAGUCAGGCUUUAUGCAGUUUUUUUUUCAAACUCUGCAAAACAUCCUCCUUGUUCACCACGGAAUCCAUCUGCAUGUUGCAAGCCUUUUGAGGUGCUCGCUCUGCUUACAUGGGACCAUGGUUAAGACUCUCAACCUGCAUAGCCAAGAAUAGUGGCCUUAAUCUGGCAUUCCCUGUUGGGAUUAGGUUUAAGAUAAGGUAGGAGUCUUGAUCCUAAAACAUCUGGAAGAUACCACUUUGUAAAGCAAGAUUAGCAACUGUGAGUGGGACUGCUUUGUUUUGAUUUUGCCACUGUUGACCAUCUGAAAAAAUCCAGCGGUUCUCCAAAACACUUUUGAAAAGCACUGCUUUAACGGAAUUUAAGACAUUGUGAAUCUUUAGCUCUGAAACUCUUGAAUGUGGAUCCCAAGCUUUUUCAGUGCUGUUGUGGAUUUUGUGUUGUAUCAGUAAUGAGCUUGUGGACUAUGUAAAUAGUUAUCAGCUUUGUACUGUACUGUUGUUUCAAUUACAUGAUUAUCAUUCUUUUAGCCAUAUUACGGUGAAAUUUUAGACUUUCAGCAUUUAUAGGUCUUUCUCUUUUGCCCAGCACUUGAGUUUUCCUCCUUUCCAGUUGCAACCACAGGGGAGCAAAGGAGAAGGACGAGUCAAAAUGAUGCCUACAGUGUUACUGAUGCAAGCCCCUUUUCUAUAUGGGCCAUAACAUUGCAUACAUGCUCCCCAAGAGGCACAGCUUGGUCAUAGCACUACAAUGCCUUCAGGUGUCUUCCUUCCUUCCUUCCUUCCUUCCUUCCUUCCUUCCUUCCUUCCUUCCUUCCUUCCUUCCUUCCUUCCUUCCUUCCUUCCUUCCCUUCCCUUCCCUCCCUUCCCUUCCCUCCCUUCCCUUCCUAUUUUCACAUGUUUGCCCAGGUUUGUAUCGGAGAGCAGAUAAGAUCACAUUCAGUGGCUUACCUUGCACAAAUGUUGUUGGGGACAAUAGACUGAAACUUUGCAUUCCAGCUAUCUCUCUCUAAACAAAGACACUGAUUAUGGUCCUUAAGCUUCUGUUCUCUGUAAACUAAUUGCAACCACAUCUAUUUUCUACAACACACUAGUAAACUUUACAUUUCUCCAAAACAGUUUUUAGGAACAUAAACCUUCUCAGACAAACAGUACAUUUGCAGUUAUGUAAAUGCACUUUCCCCCAUUUAACAUGACAGAAUAAUGGGACGGGAGAGAAGUAUACAUCAGUAUAGUUGGAGGGGAAAGCAAUUACUUUAGGCUCUAUGCAAUCUUAACUGAUUUGAUAUAGUAAUCCCUGGGUCAUGGUAUCAAGCAUCAAAUGGCAGUGAGAUAGGAAUCCAGAGAAACCUUGAUGAAAAUUUCUCUUUUCUUGAGCUCUUUUUACUUAGAUAUCCCAUGGGAUACAUUAGAUAUCCCAGGGUUCAGCAUUAAGACAACUUUUUCAAACCUGGCAACUUCCACAUUUAUAAAGCUACAGACUGGGGAUGAUGAGACUUGUAGUGCCCUACAUCUAGAAAGUGCCCAUUUCAGGGAGGACUAUGUAAAGAUAACAUACCAAGCCUUGAAUUUUUUAGGAGAAAUAGAAAACUGCUAGUUUGGGAAAUGAGCAACCUAAUUUUGGGGUAAGAGUUUGCUCAUUAGACCAUCAUUUACUCAAUUUUUAAUUGAAGCCUUUCCUGCUAGCUUGGCUUUUUGUAAAAGAGGGAAUCAAACGUCCUUCUCAAAAUGUUGGCUUAAAACUAUUUCAUACCUGACAAAAGCAAAUCUGUAUUUAUUGCAGUGAAUUGGGGCUUCUCGAAAUACCAUUGCUUCCAACAGUCACAUUUAGAUGUGAUGCUUUUUGGGAUACAUUUAAAACAUGUUUGAUUACAAUUCUGAACUGCUUUGGAUGAAGAGGAAUUAGAAUGUAAAUAUUUGGUUUCCCCCCCUAAUGCAGUAGGAUAAACAUUCACCUCCAUUUACAUUUAUUUUGGUUCUUUACUAAUUUUGUGUUUUAUAUCCCAAAGAAAUUUCCUGCAAGUGUUUUAGCCUGUUGAAACGAGCUAAAAUCUGGUUCUUUCAUCUGUCUUGAAUUUAGUGUUGCACAGUUGAUAGACCAGAGGCAUUUGCCAGAAAAUAUGUAAGAAAGCAAGGAGGGGGGGAGGAAAGAGAUUUUGUUGCUCUAACUCAUUUUUGUGAAAAUAUGUUUGCAACAGAAAGUAUAUUUUUUAUUGGUUUGUAUCUAUAUGUGAAGGGAAUCCAUUUUUAAAAUAUUAAGUAGCAUUUAGACUACUGCUUAAUAAUAAUAGGGGUAAGAACAGCUUGGCUUUUAAAAAUUCUUUUAGUUUUUGUGUAUAAGAUUCUAAUUGUCUUCCAGGAUUUUGCCCAAAUUUUAUCCUAAUGCAUCCAACAGUCACAACAAUAUCACUGGGGGAUUCAGGGAGGAUUGAUUCUUCUGUGGUAUCCAGUUCACUACAUGACUUUGCAGUUUUCUUGCCCCUUGGACUUUAUCAGAUUGAGGAGGACAGAGGCAUGAAAAUGCUUUUACUCCAACCUUCCUUUUAUGUCCUGCUUUUUUUUUUUUUUGGUGUGCAGAGAUGAUUUAGGACUCUGCCCUUUAAACAUGCAAUGUGGAGAUGAUGUGUAAGAAGGUUCAGCUGCAUGGAUUUGUCAGCUGUUGCAUGCAGAUACCUAGCUUCAGAGGGAACGUCAGGAAUGCUUCAGCUGAUGACACGUUACCACCUCUUAUUUCCCUCCUUUCCUCCAAUGAAUGUGUCUUUCAUUGUUCUGCCUAUGUUACGUUGGGUUAUGACAAAUGUAACUUGAGAGAGAGCACUUCCUUAAUUAAAAUGCUUAAUGUGUAAAGCA